UUGGUUUCCGUAUAAUAAUAUUUAUACAAGAGUCCCCUGCAAGAAUCAGAACCCUUGUUGACCUUUCCCUUCUCCUUCUCCUUCUCUUUCUCAUUCUCUUUCUCUCCUUCUUCUUCUUCCCCUGAAGUUAUGGUAUUUGUCAUUCAUUUCAAACAACUGGUUCACCCUUGGACCCAUGGAUUCUGAUCGUCCCCCAAACCCAAACUCUACCUUGUGCCACUCUCGCUUCUUCCUCUUCGGCUUCUAUUGCUGGGACUGGGAAUUUUAGCCGCUCUUCUCCUCUUUAGUUCCUCUUCCUAAUUUCUAAUCCCUAAUUCAUAAAUCUUUUUUUUUUGUUUUUUAAUUUUAUUAUUAUUUUGGGUCAAAUAAUUCGUGAGGUAGUAGGUGAAGGGUAGAUCCGGAAGAAAUGUCGCAGCGUUCGACGCCAGCGCCGUUUUUGACGAAAACGUAUCAGCUGGUGGACGAUUCCGCCACCGACGACGUCGUUUCCUGGAGCCAAACUGGCAACACUUUUGUCGUUUGGAAACACGCCGAUUUCGCUAAGGAUUUGCUUCCUAAGUACUUCAAGCACAACAACUUCUCCAGCUUCGUUCGCCAGCUCAACACCUAUGGAUUCCGAAAGAUAGUUCCGGACAAAUGGGAAUUCGCGAACGAGUAUUUCAAGCGAGGACAGAAGGAGCUCCUCGUCGAAAUCAAGCGGCGGAAGACGGUGGUGCAAGCGCCGGCGGCCGGGAAAUCCGUGGGCGGCGGGGGAAACAUCUCGGCGUCUCACUCGGGCGGCGGCGACGACAUGGGGUCUACGUCGACGGGGUCGGUGGAGGCGACGCCUCAGGGCGCGGACUUAUCGGGCGAGAACGAGAAAUUGAAGAAAGACAACGAGAAAUUGAGCAGCGAGCUGGCGCGCGCGAAGAAGCAGUGCGAGGAACUCGUGAGUUUUCUGAGGGAGUCUCUGAAGGUGUGUCCCGAUGUGAUAAACCGCAUCAUUCGUCAAGGAACGUGUGGGUCCGGCGACGAUGCGGUGCGUUUUGAUGCCAAUGAUGAUGACGAAAAUGCGGUAGGUGAAUGUGAAGAACCCAGCGGUGGAGAAAGUUUGAAACUGUUUGGUGUUUGGUUGAAGGGUCAGGAUGGGAAGGACAAUGAGAAUUUGAAGAUCGCUAGCGGUAACUGCCGCAAGAGAGGGCCUCAAGACCCUAUUGCUCGCACCGCCAAGGAAUUGAAGACCCUUGUUUAGGACACACACAUAUCAUAAGCUUGCUUCCUAUUCAUGUUUUCACCAAUUUCAUACUCAGAUCUAGAAAGAAAAAAACACUUUGGUCAUCAUGGAACAUGUAUGGCUUUUUUUCUUCUUCUUAGUUUUAUAUGUACACAAAUGGUAGUUGUUUAUUCAUGACAUUUUGUAAUUUGCUUUGGUGGUGCAGGACUAAGUAAUGGUUACUAAUAAUGUUGAUUAUCAUAAUGUGUAUAAGUAUAAACAUCGAUUUCUAUGGUUUAAUUUA